GGUUCUACUCAGUGUUAGCAGUAUGUCUUGCUUCACGCAAAUCCGUCGUCCCAAAGAGAGCUGGGAUGAACGUGAUGGCUGGUCUCCGUUCGGGCGCGGACAACGAGGACGACAUAUUUGAGUUUUUUCAGAAUGCUAAAGGCCAUGGUGAUCUGUAUGAGGUUGAACGCACGCAUGCAGAUGCUGAUGCGGAUAUUGUUUGGAGGCUCAAAGCUCCACAAGGAAAGGCAUUGACUGGCCAGCUAAAGUCUCACAACCCUUCCGGUGACACCGUCGGUGUGGUGUUUAGGACUACUAACGUAUAUAAGGCCUAAUCGGCGGGCUUGCUGGGCUUGCAUUAUCCGACGACCUCUACGAGGAGAUAUUCGAGUCCGAGGAGGCUAGGUUGUUUUGGACUAGUUCAAACACGCGUAAAAGCGUAUACGAGGACUUGAUGAAUCAUUACGGUGAUGGGGACGAGCGCUGUUAUUUUUUAUUCAUUGUUACUUUUAAGCACAACAUGGGAUUCUUUAUUAUCGAUCCCGCGGAGGUUGUUGAAAAUUUCAAAUUCACCAUGGGCAUCGGAUCUAAACGACUCUUUAUAUAUCAACUGAGCAUGGCACGCAAUUUGCGACUUCUGAUACCAGGCAAGUUGGCUGGCAGUGGCACCAUCACAGAUGAGAACGUAAGAUUGGUCCUGAAUGAUGGCAUCUAUUAUUUUCAAACACUCGAGGAGGCUGACUCUGAAGUUUUCUACCCGCGUAUGAAGCGUAUAAUGGAAGAUGAUGACUAUGCCAACUUCUUGGCCAGACAGAAGCGCCUUAAAGAUGCAGAUGUGCCAGUGGUGACAUGUGUGGAUGCCGGAAAGAACAGGCAUAUUGAAUCAACAAGCAGUAUCUUCAAGUACUUGGAGAGUCUAGGCACCAAGUACAACUUUGACGUACUCCAAGUUAGGCAUGACCCUCGUGUCUUUCAUCAUGCUGAGUUGACUCGGGCCAAUGGUACUAUGUUGCGUGUGUUCAUAUGCAGAGCUCAGAACACCAAAGCAACAAACAGCAUUAGAUUUAGUAUUUUGACUCAACAAGGGCACAACUUCUAUCCAACUGUAGCUGGAGCUGCGGACCUGUAUAUUGUGGACAUCCCAGCUGAUGUGGCUAACAUGGUGCCUCAAGUGAAGACUAUUGGCGCGAAUCUGGCUGCCCUUAUCACUGCUGAUGACCUGGUUUCCCUGGGAGCCAGCACCACAGCUGGACACAAGGGCAAAAGCAUGUACUUUAUUGAUACUGCAUCCUUGCAUGUUGAUGGUGUUGUAAACGGCCCACGUGGAGGCAAGCGCUUAGCUACUUCCUACAUUAAAAGUUGGCAAGGGGCAAAUUUGGAUACUAUCUGGUCAAUCAUGGAGCCUCUGUUCCAAGUUGACUCAUCUGGUGCAGGGCCGUCAAGGGUGGGGCAAUCAGGCAUGCAGGUUGAGCAGGAGGAGGAGGGAGAGGAGGAGGAGGGGGAGGGUGGAUUUGAGGAGGAGGGUGGGUUUGAGGAGGAGGAGGAGGAGGAGGAGGGUGGGUUUGAGGAGGAGGAGGCUGGGCUUGAGGAGGAGGAGGAGGAGGGGGAGCUGGAGGAGGAGGGGCAGCAGGUAAGGGUGAGCAGUGACUACACACGAAGGGCACGCCAGUUGUUGGAGAGGCUGGCGAACGUGGGGUCUGGCAUGUAAGGACACUGAAUU